AUGGAACCCGGGGGGCCGAUCACGAUCCUGCUGAGGCAGACGCUGAAAGCCGAGCUCGGAGUCACCGCUGCCACCGCUUUCGUCUUGGGAGUCAUCUUCCACCAAAGUAUACGUCCAAUCGAGCUGGAUAAUCGAGUAUGGACACUCCUCAUCCUCUUCUCUAGCUUCAACACGGUGGCGUUCUUGAGCUAUGCCGUGGUCGCACAGUAUGGCCUACUGGCGGCAGGGUUCAGGGUAUUCGUUGUGGACGUCGCGUUUCUUGUUGGCGUCUAUGGCAGCAUUGCCAUCUAUCGAUUGUUUUUCCAUCGGCUGAGGAAAUUCCCCGGACCAUGGGGCGCGAAACUAUCUCGAUUCUGGGCUCUUCGGAGGUCGAUGAAAAAAGUCCAGUUCAACUAUGAAGUCGAGGCCUUGCAUAAGCAAUACGGGGACUUUGUUCGAAUCGGUCCUCGCGAAAUUUCAAUAAACCGCGCCUCAGCCAUUGAGCUUGUAUAUGGACCUCCUUCCAGGUUGCCCAAAGCGACCUGGUAUAGCCAAGUAUCGAACGACAUAAACAAGUGCUCCAUUAACUCGACGCGAGACAUGCAGAUCCAGCGACAGAGAAGACGGGCUUGGGACCGUGGCUUCAGCAUCAAAGCACUCUCCACAUACGAGCCGCGCGUAAAAUCCAAGACAGAUCUUUUGGUAUCCCGCAUAGGUACAUCCGCAGGGUCGCCCAUGAAUAUCACAGAGUGGUCUAUGUUUUACACCUUCGAUGUCAUGGGAGACAUUGGAUUGAGCAAGGACUUCGAAAUGCUUACCACUGGAGGGGAGCAUAAAGCGAUCAAGGGGCUGCAUGAUCAGAUGAUCACGAUCGGCACUCUCGGGACUCUGCCCUGGCUGCUGGCAUUUUUCAGUGCCAUUCCUGGAAUUUCUGGCACGUUUCAGGAUUUCAUGGAGUACUGUCGAAACCAACUCGAAGAGAAGAAGAGAUCCACGGGCAAGGACCACGAGCCUCGGGAUGUUAUUUCUUGGUUGAUCAAGGCCAAGUACGAAAAUGACCAGUCUGCACCGCCAUCAGACUUUGCAUUGAGUGAGGAUACUCGCCUGAUCAUCAUUGCUGGGAGUGACACAACAGCGGCUGCUCUAGCCUACUCCUUCUAUUACCUAGCGAGACAUCCGAUCGUGCAGAAAAAACUGCAAGAGAAGCUCGAUGCCGUCUUUCCUGCAGGAGAGAAGGACUGGAUGUACGAGAAGUCGAAAAUUUCGUACUUGGACAAUAUCAUCUAUGAAACUUUGCGUCUCAAGCCCCCUGUGCCAGGAGGUCUUCCUCGAAUCACACCUCCGCAAGGUCUGCAGGUCGAUGAAGUGUAUAUCCCUGGAGACACCAUCGUCGGUGUUCCGGUCCACACGCUCCAGCGAGACCCUCGAUACUUCGAGCGCCCGUUGGAGUUUGUACCCGAAAGGUGGGAGGAGAUGAAUGCGGACAAGAGCCCGUUCUUCCCUUUUUCGAAAGGGAAGCAGCUUGCAAUGAUGGAACUUCGCAUGGUCUUGUCAAGGGUUGCCAUGGGCUUCGACAUUGCGUUUGCCGACGGCGAAGAUGGUGUCAAGUUUGACACCGAGGUUCUCGACACAUUCACACUGACCUUGCCACCGUUGAAGAUGAAGUUCACACCGAGACAGCCACGGAACUAG